GGAAAAUUACCUUGGCGUUUAAAAUCGGAGAUGAAGUAUUUUUCAAGAAUUACAACGGAUGUCAAGCAUGAAGGAAAACAAAAUGCAGUAAUUAUGGGUCGAAAGACUUGGGAAAGUAUUCCAACAAAAUAUCGACCAAUGGCAGGCCGAUUGAAUGUCAUACUAAGCAAAACAAUGAGUGAAGCUCCAGACAAUGUUUUGCUCUAUCCAGACUUGGCAACUGCAUUAGAUGCUUUAUCUCAAGCUCCCUAUGUGGAAAGCAUAGAAAGUUUGUUUAUUGUUGAGGACAUGGUGUUUAUAAGAAAUUUUAAACUUGUAAAUGAUCCAACUGUUCCUUCUGAAAUGCAAGAAGAAAAUGGAGUCAAAUUUCAGUAUUUUGUAUAUGAAAAGAAAACCAAGAAUGGUGAAGAAUGA